AUGCCUAGGGGCCACAAGAGUAAGGGGCGCUCUCAUGCCAAAUGUCAAAAUGUAAGGGAGAAGAGUCAAAGUCUGCAUGAUGCUCAGCCCGCUGCUGCAAAGGAGGAAGCAACAUCUUCUGUUGGUCAAGGGGAUCCUCCCAGGUCCCCUGACACCUACAUUCCCCAGGAUACUCAGGAGGAUGUAGCCUCUGUUGCUGAUGAUUUAAGUGUGUUAUCGAUAGGUGCUGUAGGUGGUGAGGCUUCUGAUACAAAUGCUGAGUUUUCUGUUAUAGAUGCAGAGAGACCUUCAAGUACCUCUAUAAUAGCCUCUACUAUUGGCUCUGCACACAGAUCUUAUUUACAGGCACAGAGUAUAUUGAUGGACUUCAUCCUGGAGAAGUUUAAGGUGAAAGAGCCAUUUACACAGAAAGAUAUGUUGAAGGUGAUUAACAAAAAGUGCAAAGAAAAGUUCACUGAUAUCAUUAAAAGAGUCUCUGAGUGGCUGGAGUUUGUCUUUGGCCUGGAGUUGAAGGAAGUUGAUCCCAGUUCUCAGUCAUAUAUGCUAGUGGGCAAGCUGGGUCUCUCCACUGAGGGAAGUCUGAGUAGCAAUAGUGGGUUGCCCAAGACAGGGCUCCUGAUGGCCCUCCUGGCUGUGAUCUUCAUGAGUGGCAAUAGUGUCAGUGAGCAAGAAGUCUGGGAAUUCCUGAAAGCACUGGAGAUGUAUCCUGGACAGAAUCAUUCAAUCUUUGGGGACCCUGAAAAGUUCAUUAAAAAAGAUCUGGUGGAGGAAAAUUACCUCGAGUACUGCCAGGUGCCUAGCACUGAUCCCCCCACCUAUGAAUUCCUGUGGGGUCCCAGAGCCUAUGCUGAAACCACCAAGAUGAAAGUCCUAGAAGUUUUUGCUAAGAUCAACGAUGAUGUUCCCAGUUCCUACCCUAGUCUGUAUGAGGAGGUUCUGAGUGAUGAGGCUAAUAGAGCAGCAAGGAGAGUUACAGCUGUGCCUGGCAAUGAUGUGAAUUCUCAGGUGCACAGCCCACAGAUCCUCCCACAGCUAGCUGGUUUUGAGAGUUUUCCAGGCUGUUGA